CUGUCUGGACCCAGCCCAGUGAUUUGUUAAGAAUGAAAUGCAAAAGAAAUGGGUGGUGUUUUUUUGGCCUUUUGGUGGUAAGGUUCAAAUGAAUCACUACCUUCCGCCGAGGCGGUAAUGUUCCUGAAGUUUUCUCUUCGAUCCAUUUUCUCUGGAGCUGGAGGAGGAGGGAAUGACAUUCAGUGGUGUUUUUCUCAGGUGAAGGGGGCUGUAGAUGAUGAUGUAGCAGAAGCGGAUAUAAUUUCUACGGUAGAAUUUAACCAUUCUGGAGAAUUACUAGCAACAGGAGACAAAGGAGGUAGAGUUGUCAUCUUUCAACAAGAGCAAGAGAACAAAAUCCAGAGUCUCAGCAGAGGGGAAUACAAUGUUUACAGUACUUUUCAAAGCCAUGAACCAGAAUUUGACUACUUGAAAAGUUUAGAAAUUGAAGAAAAGAUCAACAAAAUUCGGUGGUUACCCCAGAAAAAUGCUGCUCAGUUUUUAUUGUCUACAAAUGAUAAAACAAUAAAGUUAUGGAAAAUAAGUGAAAGGGACAAAAGACCGGAGGGCUAUAACUUGAAGGAAGAAGAUGGGCGGUAUAGGGACCCUUCUACAGUUACAACACUACGGGUGCCAGUAUUCAGACCCAUGGAUCUUAUGGUUGAAGCCAGUCCGCGAAGAAUAUUUGCAAAUGCUCACACGUAUCACAUCAACUCUAUCUCCAUCAAUAGUGAUUAUGAAACAUACCUAUCUGCAGAUGACUUGCGGAUUAAUCUGUGGCACCUAGAAAUUACAGACCGAAGUUUUAAUAUUGUAGAUAUUAAGCCUGCCAACAUGGAAGAGCUGACAGAGGUGAUAACAGCUGCAGAGUUCCAUCACAGCUGUAACACGUUUGUAUACAAUAGUAAAGGAACAAUUCGUCGUGGUGACAUGAGAGCAUCGGCACUCUGUGAUAGACAUUCGAAAUUGUUUGAAGAACCAGAAGACCCUAGCAACAGAUCGUUUUUCUCUGAAAUUAUCUCUUCCAUAUCCGACGUAAAAUUCAGCCAUAGUGGUCGAUAUAUGAUGACUAGAGAUUAUCUGUCAGUGAAGAUCUGGGAUUUAAAUAUGGAAAACAGACCUGUGGAACAUAUCAGGUAUCCAGUGCAUGAAUACCUCCGAAGUAAACUUUGUUCUCUGUAUGAGAAUGACUGCAUUUUUGACAAAUUUGAGUGCUGUUGGAAUGGAUCGGACAGUGUUGUCAUGACGGGAUCUUACAACAAUUUCUUCAGAAUGUUUGAUAGAAACACAAAACGAGACAUCACCUUGGAAGCAUCUCGGGAAAAUAAUAAACCCCGCAGUUUGAAGCCCCGCAAAGUUUGUGCAAGUGGAAAGCGAAAGAAGGAUGAAAUUAGUGUUGACAGCCUAGACUUCAACAAGAAGAUACUACAUACAGCCUGGCAUCCCAAGGAAAAUAUCAUUGCUGUAGCUACUACAAACAACUUGUAUAUAUUUCAAGACAAAGUGAAUUAGGCUUGGCGUUCCUAACAGAAGAAUCCACUUCCUGCAUAGUUGAGAUAGUUGAAUCUAGCAUUUGUACCUGUAAAUGAAAGAGAAUAAAAGAGAGAGGUCCAUUGUGGCACCCCUUUCCAGUGUUUAAAAAUGUGCCAUAUGACACACUUUUUUAGCUACAUGGAGAAAAGCUCUGUUGAUCCAUCACGGUGGUGUUCUCCAUGUUUGCUAGCCAUUUAGGUGAGGGUAGGGGCACUUUUUAAUUUAAUGACUACUUGCACCAUCUUGCCUAAUGGACUAGAUUGGACUGUAUCAACAUUGGUUUACUCCACUUUUAUGCCUUCCAUUGUGAUGACGUCAAACACGGGAAAGCCUUCAGUCAUGCUAUGGGAUUUAAUUGUGUAACCUCAUUACUGUAUCAUUUGUGGCCCUUUUUUAUUAAUGCAGCUCAUUCUUGCUGUGGCUUGUAGCAUUCCUCCUCCUGGACUCCCCCUUCCCUUCCCCCCCCCCCUUCAUCCCCUCCACCCCUCCCUGGUGGUGGUGUAUAGAAAAAAAUGAAAUAAAGCACAUGAAAUGAGUCAGUUUGGGGUCAGUGGUAAAGGGGUCUAUGUUGCGAACAAUGUUUUAAUAAGCAGUUGACUGUAAUCACUCCUUGCCAUGUUUGGCACCAAAAAAGAGAAAAUAAGGAAGGAAAAAAAAAAAAAACUACUGAAUAAAAGUGACAAAGAAUGAAGAA